UGAAGAUAUUGUGCGUCAGCCACUACCGAACAAUCUCCGCGCAAAGAUCCUGGGAUGUGGUGUUGCUACUGUUGAAGACCGUGACGAGGGCGAUGACGAAGAUUUUGUUCCCGUUAGUGAUGAACGUCUGCGGGCUUUUUGCGCAAAAGUGAUGCAAGAGCGAAGACGGCGUAGAGGAAUGAAGGGAGACGAGACACCGCAGGAAAUGAAAUGCGGUGGUAGAUCAAGGUCAAAUAGUGCAAAAGGGAGCGGGCCGUCUUCCCCUGUUUGGUACCGAUGCCCCCGUGGGGAUUGUAACUUCUCCGGUACUAGAGGGGAGAACGCGACUGCCCCUGACACCGCCGUAACCGCGCGCAAUCCACGUAGAGUUGUUUUCACGAGGGUUGGGUAUGGUUCUGAUGAAGACGGCGCUUCCCUUCUAAGUGGCGAUGCGGGCGCCCCUGCCGUCGAGGGAAGCGAGAGAAUAGUCGCUGAUCUAGGAAAAAACGAUAAUUAUCCGGUGCCCCAAGGCGGCACGGGGGAAGGAAGAGGGCCUGCUACAUGCGCUAGGUCGGUCAUGGGGUAUCAAAGCUACGCCGAGUGCGAUACGCCACGGUUGGAUUCAGUUAGUAGUAUAUGGUAUUUUGGAGAUAGUGCAGAAAAAUGGAAGAAUCACCACCUGUGUGGUUCAUCAAUCCCUACAGUCUCGGGAAGAGUCGGCUUCGGAGAGGAGGAAGUCGUCCCCGAUCUCGAUUUUUGGGAGCCCUCCACCUUUCAAAUGGUUGCAAAAGAAGAAAACGGUGUGGCCCCCGGUGUACCCAGAGAUGCUUUGAUAUCUCCGGUUAGAAAACAAAGGGACGCGUUUGCAACCAAUAAGGGGGAUGUUUUGACUCCGUUGAGUGAGAAAGGUCCAGAUACACAAGCGCAUGGCACUCGGCAUCCUACGUACACACUGAAAGCGCGAAGAGCAAUAAGAAGGCCAUCAUUCCAUGAAAUUGUGGUUUUCCAGCCUCUAUCAGUAGCUGGCAUACAGAGAGCCACGCCAAGAGGCAAUGGCAAUGCUCGCCCAUCUGAACCUACGCCGCCCCUUCCAUCUCUCGGGGGGAUCUCGGCGGGGGGGCACGACAAUGGGAUUGUAGGAGGCGCAUCAAAUACACCCCCCAGCUUUGCUCGAUCACGUUGCGGGGGAGGGGAAAAUCAAUCGACGAAAUCGCCCUCAGCAGAGAGAAGGCGGCCACGACCACCACUUCGGCCUUCCCCUAGAGGUUGCGAAGAAAUACCGAGCGCGGGAAAGAGUGAAUAUCCACAGAAACCCGAACACCCAGAUGGAGGUGACGCACGUUUAGCAGCCCAUUCGCCCCGUUUUGGGAAACUUCCACAGCUGACUAUUUUUAUUCGAUCGCAGCAAAAUAUAGACGCCAGGGAAUAG